AUACCCAGCUAAGUCUAAGCACUGAAAAAACGUAAUUUAAAAAUGACAUCAACAAGCAGAAGAGGAAGUCUUAUUAGAGAUGCAGAAAAUGCUGAGAAAGAAAACGCUAGCUCAUCUUCGAGUAAGAGCGGAUUUUGGAAGAAAUGUGAAAUCGUUGUAACUUCUGCUGGAAAUACAAUGUCACAAAUCUGUGAGAAGUUAAAGAACGAAGAUGUAAUCGUGUCUUAUAUCGAAACAAGAAAUGGGACACUAAUUAAAAACGUUGCCGGAAACUCGUACAAGUUCUUGAUCACGUGUAUAGGAAACGAUAAUGACAUCACAACCGGGUUAAAACGACUGGAAUCAAUUGGUUGCAAGGCGACAAUUGUUAACGGGACUGAAAGGACAGCGGAGUGGUUUCCCCGUCACGUGACUGAGCUUGAAUUGUGCAGAGGGACUAAGACCGAUUACGAACCUGACAAAGAUUCCAAUCACCCUGGGUUUAAUGACCCUGUAUAUGUGGAAAGACGCAACUACAUUUCGAACAUUGCCCAUUUCUACAAGCAUGGGACUGACAUACCUACGGUUGACUAUACAAACGAGGAUAGACAAACUUGGUCAGUUGUCUACAAGACAUUGAAGAGACUUCACGCCACCCAUGCUUGUAAAGUGUACAAAGACAACUUCCAGCGGCUGGAGAAAGAGUGCGGGUAUUCCCCUAACAAGAUACCGCAGUUACAAACAGUGUCAGAGUUCCUAAAAGAACAAACUGGGUUCCAACUCCAACCUGCUCCCGGUAUUAUAACACCACGUGACUUCCUGGCAAGCUUGGCUUUCAAAGUCUUUCAAUGUACGCAGUAUAUACGUCAUCCAGCUUCGCCAAUGCACUCUCCAGAACCGGAUUGUUGCCACGAGCUUAUAGGACACAUACCGAUGCUUCUAGACCCAACAUUCGCACUGUAUUCCCAGCAAAUAGGUCUGGCCUCGCUGGGUGUAAGCGACAGCGACAUUACUAAAUUAGCUACGUUGUACUGGUUUACUGUUGAGUUCGGACUUUGUAAAGAGAACAAUGUCUUGAAAGCGUACGGCGCUGGUCUUAUGUCUUCGUACGGCGAGUUACAGCAUGCGUUGAGUGAUGUUCCAAUGCAUUUGCCACUGCAAGCAGAGAAGACAUGUUUGCAGCCAUACGAAGACUCCGUUUAUCAACCAAUCUAUUUCGUUUCUGAAAGCUUUGAUGAAGCUUUUAAUCAAGUCAGAGCCUUUUCACAACACUGCACCAAACGUGGAUUUGAUAUUACCUACAACGAAAACGAUGGUUAUAUCCAGACAGUUCCAUACAUAAAUUUGUAAAUCUACCAAAACAAGACCGGUUAUGCUUUUCUGCUGCCUUUGUAAAAUGUCUAUUAAAUAUUCAGUUUUGAAAUCUAUAGUAAAGUGUGUUCCCUUUCCCUGCCUUGCAUUUUAAUUUGAUUCGUUCUCCUUUAGUUCGUUUCAUGCUUUCUAGUAAUAAAUUUCGCCAGCUUGC